GCCCGGUUCGUUGCGUGCUGCGACGUUGGACCUGUCCAGCGCUUCCAGCUUGCCCUUGAUCAGCUUGACCCGCUUCAGGACCUGACCGACGUCGGCAUCCAUCUUGGCCCUCAGGGCCUUCACGGUCUUGGCAUUGUGCACGGUCUUGCAUUCCUCGUUGGUUUCUUGCAGAGCCUUCUGCAGCUUCUCCACUGUUUUCAUGUCGUCCUUGAUGUUCUCGACGUCCUGGAAGAACUUGUCGAGGUUCGAGUUCUCCUUCCCGGCCUCCAAGUCGUCCAUCUGAGUCUGCUGCCUCAGAUCGGUGUACUUCUUGAAUGAAUUUGAGAAAAGGGUUGAUGAGGAGGAAGAGAGAGAGGUGACGUGAGAAGCAAGAAAUUGUGUUCUUGCAAAACAGAAGAUGGGAGAUUUUCUCUUUUGGGUUUGAGAGGAAGGCC